AUGCCCCAUACGGACUCUGAAGCCUCACGGGAGGCGGAGAGGCACGCCAGACAUCAACAUUCUGCCAGUGUCGACUUUCGGUCGCGGGCCCUAGUUCCCAUGUGGGACAGUUCCGACCCAGAGCGCGCGCCUCCGCCUUUGCCACUCAACCCGCAAUCCCCCAAACUCACCUCACGCACCGGCACUUCGAGCGCUAUCCAGUCCGCCCAUGCCGCCCUCAACGAGCGAGCCCGCGAAAGCGCCAACAGCCACAGCUCUUCGAGACGCCCAGACGGGUCGCCGGAGAGAUCCCUUGUCAAAGGCGGGACGCAUCGGCGAAUGCAGUCCCUACAGCCGGCCAGUGUGCGAGAUCUUAGCUGGAUGAUCGAGCAGGGCUCGAGCCGUCCUUGCACACCGACGGAAUCAAUUACCUCCUCCGCACCGCCUGCUCCCGGCCCCAGUCUUACCCCGAUUGUUCGACCUGCCCCUCGACGCCAGGCAACCCAGAGCAUCCUGGGCGAAAACACACCACCUCCUUCGUCGACUAUGCUUGCACUGCAAACCAUGUCGUCACCAGUGUCUCUCAAGGAGGGUGAGCCUCUGUCGAAUGUCACAAAUGGGUCUAGGUCGCCAGAGAGGUCCAAGAGCUCCAUCGAUGGCCUGUCAUCUCAACUGGCGAGCCUGACAAGUAUCGCCAGUGCCCUCCAAAAGGAAAUGGCUGCCCUGACCCGACGUAGCAGAGACAACGCCACGGACCUUCUUAGCCUGAAAGAGGCCACUACUACCAGAGAUGAAGACAUUCGGAAGAGCAUCCGGGAUCUGGUCGGGCGUGUUGAUGACACAACCAGUCGCCUCUCGAUUUCCUCGCUCAACAACCUGCUCCUCGACAACAAACCCCACCCCACCUCUCCUCAGAGUCGAUCAAUUCACCUCCCCAGGAUACCGUCCCCCAAGAGCUUCGCCGAAUCUAUUGAUAGAGCAUCAGUUAGCACCCCCUCACUGGCUGGAGGCGAAGCGUCAGCCUCCGUCGUUCUUCUCGAAAGAAUCCUUCGGGGGCUUGGCACAGCUGAUGGCGAAGAUUCCCUUGUCGGUUUGCUUGUGCAGCUCUCAAAUAAGCUCUCUGGCAUGGCGACCUCAGCAAAGGUUGACGACCUAGCCCAAUACGUUCGCAGCCAGACGCAGAAUGGGCUGGUUCAGUCCGCAGCAAACAACACCCGGCCGAUAAGCCCCAGCGGCUUAGAACUCGAUAUUCCCCGUGGUGCAGUGACGCAGCGCAUGGAACACCUUCUCCAGAACGGUGACAGUCGUCGCUCAUCUGCCCCUGGUAACAGAGGCGCCGAGCUGCUAAAUGACGACCUCCUCCAGAUCAUUCGCUCUGUCAAAGACAGCGUUGCUCAAGGUGGCGGGCUUACUGCUGAGGUUAAGGCCUUGGUGCGUGAGCUCCGUGGCGAGGUUCUUGGUAUGGGUCGAGAAAUUGCCAAACGUCUUGAAACCAUGGAUUCUGUGCCGAGAGGAGAGGAGGAACCUGAUCAUGACAGGAAGGAUGAAGUCUCACGCGUCAUUGACCAGGGCCUGCUACAAAUGAAAGAGCAGCUCAACAAUGUCUUACGCGAGCACCGACGACAGUCUGCGUCGUCAUCUUCCUCCCAGAAGACGGUGGUCGACUAUCAGGAAAUCUACAAUGCCAUGCGGGCUGCUCUUCGAGAUAACGAGGCCACUCGCGGCGAUAUGCCUGACCUCAGCCGUGAGGAUGUUAUUGAGGCUGUCCGUGACGCCUGGGAGGCUUACAAGCCAGAGGUAGAUGUCGGCAAGUCCGCCCUAGAGCGCGAGGAUAUCAUGGCUUGUCUGAAAGAGGGUCUUCAGGACUACCAGCCUCAGGACGAGCGCCCCCCUGCUGCGACGAGAGACGAAGUAUUUACCGCCGUCGUGGAGGGCCUCAAACACUUUGUGCCUCCUCAAAUGGACACCCCGGCCUCCAUGUCGAGAGAUGAAAUUAUCGAGGCUGUUCGAGAUUGUCUUGAAGAGUUUGAGUUCCCGGUGGCUCCCGCUGCCCUCGGUAACGGCAAUGAUAUGACUCAUCAAGAUGUCGUUCAUGCUGUCAAGGAGGGACUGAGCAGGUUCGAGGUCCCGCGGGGCGGAAACCUUUCCGACGAAAGCAAUGAAGAGAUCAUGAGCCGCCUGGAGGAUAUCAUGGAGUAUAUGAAGCUUGAAUUCAGAGCUGUUUCCGAGGAAGCCAAGGACAACGUGGCUGCGAACGGGCGCGACACUGAACAAGUUCUUGAUGCAACCAAGGACGGCCUUGAGAAUCUGCGGGUUUCCAUUGAGAGCUACGUUGAUCGCCUGUCUGGUGAAUCCGACAAGCAAGAAUUAUUGGACACCUUCGGCCGAACUAUGGAGGAGUUCAAAGAGGACAUUAGCAAACUGGUCUCUGAGGCCAACGACAGCUCGCGCAGCCAGCUCCAGAGUGAGCUGGAAAGCCUCCGUGAAAUUGUCAACACCUCAAUGGUCCCCGCUACACCGCAAGGAUCCAAUAAGGAUCUGAUGGAGGCCCUUCAAAAUGGCAUCAAUGGUCUUCGCCAGGAAAUUCAUCGGCCACGCGCUGAGACUAGCGAAAUUCUAGAUGCCAUCAAUGAUGGCCUGAAUGACCUGCGUGCGGGUAUUGAUCGAGUUACGCACAAACCCGCGGAUCUCACGGCAAACGACGAGAUCUUGGAUGCCCUGAAGGCUGGCCUGGACUCUGUUCGAUCUGACAUUGAGACGCUCCGUGACAACAACGAACGCGCAGUUGCCGCUGUCCCGCGCGAAGAAGAAGACACCACGAAAGCUAUCAUCCCCAUGGACACGGUCAAACAAGACGACAUCAAGAACCUUGAAGUUCUAAUCACACAGUUGCGAAUCAAGGUUGAGGCCAUGGAGCCUGACGCAGAGACUGUCCAUAAGGAUGACAUUGCUCGCUUGGAGGACAUGCUUCGGAAUGUGCAAGAGGGCGUAGACAAUAUCCACGCGCAAGAGGCUGCCGCUUCUGCCAAAUCUGUCGCAGAAGAAGAGGAGUCGACCCCAGCCAAUACUGACGCCGCUACCAAGGAAGACGUAGUCGCUAUUGAGACUAUCCUUCGCAAUACCAAGGAUCGUCUUGAUGACCUGAUUGAGGGGGAGCAAGCUGUUCGCAAGGAGCACAUUGACGCCAUCUCCACCUUGUUGACCGAAAACAAAGAUUCCAUCGCCGCCUUCUCCGGCAACUUGGAAGGCAUCACUCGCAAGGAGGAUGUGUCCAACUUGGAGGAACUCAUUGCGCAAGUCAUCAUCGGAAUCGACGACCUCAAGGAAGCAGCUCCCAAGGACGUUGAGGAUGACGAACGUGUCAAAAAAUCCGACGUUGAAGCCAUCGAAGCUCGCGUGCUCGAAAUUAAGUCGGCUCUUGAUGGCCUGUCGGAUAUGGACUUCGCCGCCAUUUCCAACAAAGAGGACGUAUCCGGUCUCGAGGCUCUCAUUAAGGAAGCCAAAGAGAAGCUCGACGAGUAUGCAGACACCUCCACGAAAGCUUUGGAGGAUCGCCAAACCGAGAUUGCCGGAGUUAGUGAGCGUGUGGCUGAGGUCAAGACAUUCCUGGAGGAAUUCCAAGAAGCCAUCCAGACCAAGCUCGAUGACGGCGCUACUGGCGUUGAGGCUCUUGGAAAGGUUCUCGAGACAAUUGGCGAGAAGAUUGACAAGAAUGAAAACGUCGGUGACCACCUCAAGGAAAUGUUCGAAACAAUGAAGUCGGAAUUCGAAGUCUCGAAGGAAGUGGUCGCUGGUGCCAGGCUUGAAUCUGAUGAGAAGCUCCAGGAGGCCACCGAUAACAUUGCCUCCAAGAUUGACGAAAAGAUUGGUGAGCUCAUCGCCAAGUACGACGAAUACCAGGCUCAGCUGGAUGAGAAGGCGAAGGUUGGGGAGGAACGCAAUGUUGAGAUUGGGGCAGCUGUCGUUUCAACCAAGACAGUCUCGGAAGAACUGAAGCUGCUGGUUGAUACGCUGGGCUCCGCCGUUACAGAAUCUUUGGAAAAGAUGGAAGAAGCGUCCAAGACCGUCUUUGAGAAGGUCGAGGAGCUGGCCUCCAAGUCUGGAGAAGCGGAAACUGGCGGUAAACAGGAGCAUCAGCAGACUCGUGACCAAGUCCAGGCUGCCGUCUCUGCUGUGGAAGGCCUGCAAGGAGAGCUGAAGGAAUACCAGCCACAGAUUCUCGAGGCCGUGAAGGACAUUCUUCUCCUGGUUGGUGAACACUACGAGCACUCCAAGUCGUCGGCCAGUGACAUUCAAGAGAAGAUUGUGGACGUCAAGCCUUUCGACCAGGCUAUGCUUCCACCUCCGCCUGAGAAGUACGACGAUUCCGAGGUCAAGGAGAAGCUUAAUCUACUUGCCGACCAGAAGUAUGACGACACAGAGAUACGCGAGAAGCUUGACCGUCUAGCCGAGCAAAAGUUUGAUGAUAGUGCUCUCCAUGAGAAGCUGGAUCAGCUGACGGAUCAUCAUGCAUCCACAGUUGCUGCCUUUGCUCAGUUUGAGACCCUGGACAAGGUGCACAAGACAGUCACCGACAAUGCAGCCCAGCUGUCUGAGUACAUCUCUGUGCAGACAAAACGCAUUGCAGACGAUCACGAAGACCGCGAGAAGACGCUGCAGGAUACUUGUUUGGCAGUUGAACGUAAGCUUGCCGAGCAAGAGCAUCUGACUGCAUCCGUGGCUAGCCUACAAGAAGAGGAGGAUAGAAUGAGACAGAGUGUUCUCAGCUUGCGCACCGAGCAGGAGAGUCUGAUCCGCCAGCGCACGCGCUUGACUGGAGACGUCUCUUCUCUGGAAACAGCUCUGCGCCUUCGAAAAGAGGAGCUUGCGGAAAUGGAGGCCAGAGCAGAGCGUCUGGAGCGUCGCAUCGUCGAAGGAGUCAUGGACCACUCUCGCGUGCUUCUUAUGAACAAGAGCGCUUCAAGUGCCCGCGACAGCAUGAACAGAAAGAGAGUCAAGAAGCCGGCAGCUGCUGAUGGCGAGGCUAAGUCGUCACCGAGACCAGCUGCUGUCAACAUGGCGCUUUCCACUCGCCGCAGUCUUGCCCCGACCACACAGAACGGAGCCGGGCGACGUAUUGCAUCGCUCAGCCAGAUGACACCCAGCAAUUCUUCUGCCUCUGUUAGGAGAAGCCAGAGUGUGCGUACUCCUGGUGGAGCCUCUGCGCACAGGAAGAGAAGCUGGGGUGGCGGUCUGGGCAAGGAGUUCGGCAUCGAGGAUAAGGAGAAUGUGUGCGUCGACGAGAUUCUGGAAGAGGCGUCCGAGGUUGACAGUCGAUCUGUGUCUCGGGAACUGGCCUUGCAGGGACGCAACAGCUUUGCAGGUACGGAGCUCUCAUCAUUGGUGGACUCUGCAAGAGAAGAGGAUGAGGAUGAAGCCAGGGAGGAGGCGGAGGAUGAGGCAAGAGAUGAAGAUGAAGAGGAAGAGGCAGAGGCAGAGGAAGAGGAAGGGGAAGAGGAAGAUGAGGCGGAUGACGGACGCAGCGAUGCAGACACGAUGAGAAGAACUAGCGGCGGCACGACAAUCGUGUCAAGCAGCGACGUGUAUACCGAAUCCGACAUGUACAGCGACUACUCUGACACGGCGAGCGAAUGGACUUCCCUUGUCGCUGGUGGGAGGAGUUCGAUUGGAGCCGCCGAGGGCAACGAGCUGACUCUUCACAACGAUGGCAACUGA